AAUCCCCCAGCGAUCUCCAGCGCCAGAGCCUCCCGAGCCAACACGCCCACCGCCGCCGUGUCGUCGCCUUCAGCUUUCCCCACCAACACCGCCGACGUGGCGCCCCCGGAGUUCGAGCCCAAGGUGUCGCCGCCGCCGCCCUUCGCAUCCGACCGUUGGGCCGCGGGCGGCGCCUCCUCGUCCGACGAGGAGGAGGACGUCAAGAAAACCACAACCAAGAAGGGCGCCGUCAAGCGCGCGCCGCCGAAAAAGAGCAAGCCCAAGGGCAAGGACAAGUACCUCGCGGAGGCGCCACCAUCCGAGCAGGAGUUCAUGUCCGGCACCCCCGACUUUGACGACGACGCGCUGCCGCCGACCUCCUUCGACCCGUUCGCCGACGAGGCCGCCGAGGCGGGCGCCGCCGCCGGGGCCGGGGACGACGGCCGCGUGCACCUCCGCGUGCAGCAGCGCAAUGGCAGGAAGACGCUGACCACGGUGCAGGGGCUCAGCAAGGGCUUCAACUACGCCAAGGUGCUGCGCGACCUCAAGCGGGACCUCUGCUGCAACGGCACCGUCGUCGAGGACAAGGAGCUCGGCAACGUCAUCCAGCUGCAGGGCGACCACCGCAAGAAGGUCGCAGCAUUCAUCGCCAAGGCGGGGCUCGCAAAGACGGACUGCAUCAAGGUCCACGGCUUCUAGUCGCGCGCGUCCAGAGCGAUCUGGGCUG